AUGUCUAGCUGCAGGACCAGCAUUGUGUCCAUUUUAAAUAAUGAUGACAACCCAUCGUUUGCGGUUCGCUCCGCUCCCCAAUCCAGUCGGACUCACUCAUCACCAUCACAUCAUCCACAUUAUUCAGAACGACUACCCCCGCCCGCCAGUGACCCACAGUUCACCCGUCCCACAGCUUCAUCGGAAUCUCCGGCAACCUCACCACGAGGAACGAGGCAUCAUCCGGAUGCGGUGCCUGAAGUCGUCCAGCCCGUUUCACCCGGGUCGUCCGAUGGCUCAGUUUACGAAUGUUUCACCAGUCAACGAUCAGUUUAUCAUCCGUAUGCCCGGCAGGACUCGCGACGGGAAUCAUACCAAUUCCCUUCUCGCGGACCAGCAGCUUCUCGAACGCCACCUGAAACUUGUUCGAACACACCCGAAACGGCUUCUUCUCAGACCGGGGCAACGCGCAGUACGGGGCGAAAGAACAAGUACCCGUGCCCCUAUGCCGCGAGCCAUGGGUGCUCUUCAACGUUUACCACUUCGGGCCACGCUGCGCGCCACGGCAAGAAGCACACUGGUGAAAAGAGUGUCCACUGUCCGAUCUGUAACAAGGCCUUUACGAGGAAAGACAAUAUGAAACAGCACAUUCGGACUCACCGCACACACUCGGACGAGAUGCGCUCUAUUUCGGAACCAGACACUGAUCCUCGGUGGGCCAUGGCUCGUCCCGGCUCGGCCUACGCUUCCGUUUCCCACCAGCGCAAUAUCAGUCAACCUGUGGAGUCAGUAGUACAGCCUCUCCUAGGACCUGCUCCACAGGCGCCCUAG